AUGGUAGUUACCAAAGUCCUUGGAAGAACCGGAUCUAGAGGCGGUGUAACGCAAGUCAGAGCCGAUGUGCUUUAUGGUGAAAAUAACCGUUCUAUUAUCAGAAACGUAAAGGGACCUACCAGAGAGGAAGAUAUUCUUGUGCUUCUUGAGUCUGAACGCGAAGCUCGUCGUCUCAGAUAG